CAAUUAUUCUUUUCGUAAGAAAACAUAAAAAAGUGGAAUUGACGAAACCCUAAAUACGAGUCAAUUCAACUAGGGUUUUAGUAUCCCCUCAAUCUUCAUCUUCAUCAUAGUUAAUCCAACAAUCAUUCAUCCGAAAAAUGGCAUCGCCACCACACCAACCAUUGCUGAGCAGCCUCGUUGUUCGCCCCUCCGACAGUGGCGGUGGCGGCGGCAGCGAUUACGAACCCGGCGAAGUCCGUCGUGAUGCUCCUCCUUAUUCUCGCUCUGAUCGUUAUUCCGAUGAUACUGGGUAUAAUAGAGGACGAGCAGCUUCUGUAUCUCCUGUGCGUCGCAGAGAAGUGGACCGUAGAUAUAGUCCUGGUCCCAUCAACCGUUUUGAUGGUCCACCCCGGCAUCGUGGGUUUGGGGGCGGUAGAGAGAAUUUGAGGUCUCCGGUUCGCUACCGCGACUUCUCACCACCCCCUCAUUCUCGAGGAAGGGGUGGUCGUUCUUUUGGAAGAGGAUUUGAUGGUCCUGGUUAUGGUCGUGGGGCAAUCAGAGGGGAAGGAGGAAUGCACAAGAACAAUACUAAUGUGCGGCCAAGAGAAGGAGAUUGGUACUGCACGGAUCCAGCGUGUGGCAACCUAAACUUCGCCAGGCGGGAGUUUUGCAACAACUGUAAAAGGCCUCGUUAUGGAGCUGCUGGAAGUCCUCGGAGAGGACAUGGUGGGCCACCUCCGCCUAUGGGACCGUCACGGAGAUUCCCUGGCCAUCCAAUGGAACGCUCUCCUGGAAGAUUCGGUAACGGCUACAGAUCACCUCCUCGUGGCUGGCCAAGAGAUGGGCCGAGGGAUUUUGGACCUGGUGGACUGCCACCUCCAAGACACGAAGGAAGGUUUGCUGACCACCAUCUCCGGAGGGAUCGACCUGACUAUCCUGAUGAAGAUUUUAGAGAUCGUGGCAAGUUUGACAGGCCACCACCACCAGAGUGGGGACCAAGAGACCAUGGACGGGACAUCUUUUUGGAUAGGAAAGGGUAUGAUAGGCGACCACCAUCUCCACUUGCAUCCCUCGCACCACCACCUCGUGGACGUUGGGCUGAUCGUGACGCGAGAGAGAGAAGCCGCUCUCCUCCCAUGAGGGGUGGGCCACCACCUAAGGAGUUCCGAAGGGACCCUUUCAUGGAAAGGGGGAGGGAUGAUAGGCGUGGAGCUGGACGAGACAGGAUUGGCAACAUGUUCUAGUAAGUAGACAAGACUCCAUGAGCUAGCUAUGUUAGCUGAUCACAAAUAUGAGAUUAUUCGUCAGUCGAAAUGCCUCAGUUUUCUAGUUUCUGGUAUUUGGAGUAGAAAGUGUGGGAUAAUUGAAUCAUAAAUGUUACUGAAUGAGUACUAUUGUGUAGUUUUGUGGCAGGAUCAGCGCUGUCACUUGUUAUACAGUUGCAACUCAAAUUAGAAUAGCGGGUUAAAUAUUUUCAUGUUUCAUUCAUCUGUUUCCAAUGGUUUAUUUGCUGCUUUUGCUGGGUAUUUGAGCUUUGUCUGCUCAAUGGCUCAGCUUUUGACUUAGAACAUAAUGAUGUUUAGGCUAGAACGAUUAUAAGAUGGUGUUGCAGCUGGUGUUUUGAUGUAAAUUGCAAUUAACGCUGAAGCCAUGCCUUUGCAGUUUUGGAUUGCCAUUCA